AUGUCAAUCGUUGAGCUUUCAUUUUUUGUGUUUUUUUCUCAAUAUGGUGCAGUGAAGGGAUUCUAUACAAACUUAUUAAAACCCGAACGAGCAAAUAGACACUGCCACGACUCAUCGGCGCCGAUUCCUUCUGUGUUGCCGUCCGAAGAAAGCAAAUUUAGCUUGUGUCUGAUAUUAAUUUCAGGGCUACUAUUUUUUCUUCUAUUUUUGGGAGCGAUAAAAGGCUUAAUUGGAUUGUUCUGCUGGGACAAAAUUGGGAUGUAUGGGUUGAAUUUAUUGAUUGAGCUGCCGCGGCCAUUGUCUCGGUAUCAGGAAAAAAGCUUAGAACAUCGACCUGUGGUGUACGACAUCGGCGGUUGGCCCAUUCAUCCUGAUUCUCUGGAAAGGACUGUUAGAGUCUUACCAAAGAGAACUGAAUUCUGCUUGAACUUAGUAUUUUUCUUGGCGUAUCCUUUGGCAGCAUGUGUUUACGUAUGCGCAUUUUGUUGUUGCAUACGAAAUUUGAGCAAAUCGAAAGAAAAUGCUUGUUUUAAACACGUCGACGUUGUUCGACUAACGCAAGGAAAAAAUCAACAAGUUAAAACAAACGGAGCUGCAAAUGUGGGUGUUUAUAAAGAAGACUAUAAAGAAGAGCAAGACACAAAGUAUGUUAUAGAGACAAUGAAGAAAAGUAAAGAAUCGAUUCACGAAUACCGCAACAGCAUGUGUGAAUGUGAUGAAUAAAAUUUUGUAAACUUUCA